AUGCGCAGCGCCGUGGGGAACAAGAAAGACGGCGAUGAGCACACUCACACUCCUCUCUUUCCUCCCUCUCCCGCUGUCCGAGCCUUAUACGGUCACUGACUCUCCUUAGACUCUGCUUGCUGGCUCGCUCUUUGGCCGUGUCCCCUUUCCUCGCCCUCCACCACCCAUUGACUGCCCGGCGACAGUACCGAGUACAUAACCUAUCGCGCGACGAACACACGCGCACGCGCACCAUGCCGCUCAACUUCUACGAGUUCAAUCUCAUUGCCCUGUCGGGACUCUGCCUGUGCUGGUUGCUGGUGGAGAGACGGGUGUCCGCGGCGAAGAAGAUCGCAAAGGAUAAGACGCGGGACGAGCACCAUGACACGCUUGAGCAGCACGGGCGCGGGGGGAAGCUCACGAACCCUGUGGGCGCAGAGGCGCUAGAGAAACAAUACCUUCUGGUAUACGCGAUCGUAAUGGGCGCCGACUGGUUGCAGGGGCCCUAUGUUUACUCGCUGUACAGUGAUGAAUACGGCUUCCCCGAACGCAUCGUCGCCAUCCUCUUUGUCACCGGCUUCCUCUCUGCAGGCCUGGCCGCGCCCUGGGUCGGCGCGUGGGCCGACACCUACGGUCGCAAGCGCGUCUGCCUCGCCUUCUGCGUCUCCUACGCCCUAUCAUGCGCCCUCAUUCAGUUCCCCUCCCUUCCAGUACUCUUUGCCGGCCGUGCGCUCGGCGGAUUGUCUACUUCCAUCCUCUUCUCGGCUUUCGAAAGCUGGCUUGUCAGCGCGGCGGGUCAGUACGGCGUCACCCAGGCAGAUCUAUCUGGCAUUCUCGGCCGCGCCACGCUCGUGAACGGCUUCGUCGCGACUGCGGCGGGCGUCAUCAGCGAUCAACUCGUGCAAAUCGGCACGAAGAGCGCAGAGGCGGCACAUGAUGGCCACGGCGCGUACCGCGCGCCUUUCAUGGCGAGCGGUGUACUUCUCGCAAUCGCGUGGGUCGUGAUCCGCGCGACUUGGGGAGAGAACUAUGGCGGAGCGGUGUCGGCAGCGCCGAGCGGCGAGAUGAAGAAGCUUGCGCAGGCAUGGAAGCUGGUACGGCAAGACCCCGUCCUCCUCACCCUCGGCCUUACGCAGACCUGCUUCGAAGGCUCUAUGUACCUCUUCGUCUUCCUUUGGGUGCCCUCCCUUCAGGAAGCGCGCGACCCAUCGCUCUCCGGCCCCCUCCCGCUCGGCUACAUCUUCUCCUCGUUCAUGGUCUCCAUGAUGCUCGGCUCGCAGUUCUACUCCGCCAUCGUCGACCACUUCCUCCCGCCCCCACCGCCCGCGACGCAGGCCGCGGCGGAGCGUGACCCGAAGGUGGUGGCGAACGACCCGUCGCUGACGCUGCAUGCGAAGCUGAGUUCCAUUGUAUGCGCGCUGAGUGGGCUCGCGCUGGCGGCGAGUGUUUGCAACUUUGAUGCGAGGUCGCGGUUCUAUGCGUUCUGCGCGUUCGAGGCGUGCGUCGGGAUGUACUACCCAGUGCAAGGCAUGCUGCGAGGAACACUCAUACAAGAUGAUGUGCGAGCGACACUCUCGUCGCUCAUCCGAGUACCUCUGAAUAUCUUCGUUGUGGUCUCAUUGGUCACCGGCGCCUCAAGUGCACGCUACGCGGUAUUGACCGCAAGUGCCAUCGCCCUCGGCUUCUCGUCCUUGAUGACCGCCGUGGUCAUCGUGAAGAGGGCAGACGCGAAGAUCAUCGAGCAGCGGCCAGCAUAGGUUGAUGAUUCACUCGCAAAACAUAGGCUCGCAGACAUGCGAGAAGGCUUGUCUGAUACAAGCGCUCACUGUACACUACGCACAUCUAUGUCAAUAAUCUUCACGGAAUAGAUAACAAACUAUCGCAAGCGAGUUCCGAUGAGUACUGCACCGGUCAUGGAGAUUGCGCCCAGCAAGGACGAAGAUUGGGACUACUGUAUAUCCAAGGUUUUAUCCCAUGUCGUCGUGCACUCGGAUUGUACUCUGGUGCAAGCGUGCAGGCGAGAUUUACGCCCGCCAGAAAUGGCAACAUCAUGAUUACUAAGCAGCACGGGCG